AAGACCAAAAAAAAAAAAAAAAAACCCUCAACAAGCAAGCCUGCCAUUAUAAAUAGGAGCAAAAUCAAAACCUUGCACUCCAUUUUAAGCCAGAACCAAAAUCCCACAUUUACAACUGUAUUUCCCAUUGAUUUCCACACAAAAAAUCUUCCAAGAAUUAGAAAAACAAUGCAAGCGAACAACCAUAACCAGCAGCAUCGCAACAGGCUGUUACCGAAACGCAUAAUCCUAGUCCGACACGGUGAGUCGGAAGGCAACUUAGACACCUCGGCCUACUCCACAACCCCCGACCACAAGAUCUCCUUAACGGAACAGGGCCGUGCCCAAGCCUGCCUGGCGGGUUCCCAUCUCCGGGACCUCGUCUCCAGCCACGGGUCUUUCCCUGAUUGGCGGGUCUACUUCUACGUCUCUCCUUACGAGCGCACCCGAUCCACUCUGCGGGAGAUCGGGAAAUCAUUUUCCAAGAAAAGGGUGAUUGGUGUAAGGGAAGAGUGUAGGAUCAGAGAACAGGACUUUGGGAAUUUUCAGGUGGAGGAAAGGAUGAAAGUUAUAAAGGAAACGAGAGAAAAGUUUGGAAGGUUCUUUUAUAGGUUCCCUGAAGGUGAAUCUGCUGCUGAUGUUUUUGAUCGUGUUUCAAGUUUUCUUGAAUCUCUUUGGAGAGACAUAGACUUGAAUAGGCUUCACAAUGAUCCUACUCAAGACUUGAAUCUCAUAAUAAUCUCACAUGGUCUAGCCUCCCGGGUAUUUCUAAUGAAGUGGUUCAAGUGGACAGUUGAACAAUUUGAGCACUUGAAUAAUCCUGGCAAUUGUGAGAUCCGAGUUAUGGAGUUGGGACAUGGUGGUGAAUAUAGCUUAGCAAUCAAUCAUACAGAUGAAGAGUUGCUAGAAUGGGGACUCUCUCCUGAAAUGAUACAAGACCAGAAAUGGCGAAUCAGUGGCAACAGGGCUGAUUGGAAUGAUCAAUGUAGCUGGUAUCUUAGUUCAUUUUUCGACCUCCAAUUGGACUCAGAUGACGAUGUCAAAAACUUUGAUAUUGACUCAUAUGACGAUGCCAAACAAAAUGGUGUAGAUACUGAUUCUUAAAAUUAAAAAGUUGUGUUAUGAUAAUAUCUAUUGGAAAGUUCAUUUAUAUAGAUAGAUAUUCAACCAUUUGAUAUAUCAUAUGUUCAAAUAGUAUAUGGUUUUUCUCAUUCUUGUUUUUGGCAUGGAGAAUGUAAUCAUUCAACCCUCACAGAUAUGUACAAGGAACAAAGCAGAAGGUAAAUUUUAGUUAGACUCCAAGCUGCUAGAAUUCAUGUAGGAAUUCUCAUCUAGUUUAGAACCCACCUUUUUAAUCGAUUUCAAAGGUUUUGGUUCAUCUAUUUCUUGGUCAAAUGAACCCAUUUUUUCUGUUCUUUUCUUCGCUUUACUUUUCUUCCUCCUUGCUGUUAAAGUUAUCUCAUCUAAUGUGUCAUUUGUGCUAACCAUUUUCUUUGGUGGUUGAGCUUGAGGUCCAAUUGUAGACACUGCUGCUUUCUCUUCCUUAGAUGGUGCGGAAGAAAUGUUAGUAUCACCCAUUUCUUGAACUUCCUUUUGAUUGUGUGCUGGAUCUGGCUCUAUUUCGGCUUGCAAACUUGCAUCUUUGGGUGGUGUUUCUUGAGCCAUGGGGUGUGUUGCUUGGUCAGCCAUGGAGCUGGAAAUUGAUGCAGCGCUGGAGGAAGGUAACUGAGUUGAAGACUGAUGGGAACCAUGGCCUAAAGUAACAGUUUUCAUGGCAUAUGUUGCUACACAUUUCAUGAUGAAGUUGUAGAGCCUGUGGUAAAGGCCGACAAAGCUUUGAUCCAUUUGUGGAAUAUAUCUAUGAAAGAGUAUAUGAUUAUUUUAGAAUCUGAUCUGCCAAUGGAAAUGGAGGGAAGGUUAAAUCAUUUCAUGGAUGCUUUACUUGGAAGCAAGGGAAAACCACUUGGGAGAGAUACUUUUCUUUUCUUAAUGGACUUCCCAAGUUCUAAACCCCAAGUGUUUGUCUUUCCUAUUGGCUAUUGCUUCUACAUAAAGCAUGCAUCCAGCAAUCUGAAACACUAGAUGAUGAUACACGAAAAUGAAAUGGUUUAACAUUUUAGCAUAAACCAAAAAUAUGUUUGGUAUUCGAUGGAUCGACGCAAGUAAUCCCGAUUGAUGCAAAUGAUUUAAGAGGAAUAUAAGAAGUGGAAUUAAGAUUACAAAUAAGAACAAAGCCAUGAUUGAUGCAAGUUAUAAUCCUGGAAUAUAAUACUGAAUUAGUUCUUCCUCUUCACCUUGGGAGAAAGAUGAUAUAUUGUUGGACAGGCAUUUGAUUUGUCCAUAAGAACAAGAAGGAUUGUAUGAGGAGAGAAAUUAGACAGACAGGACACUAAGCUGUAAACUACUACUCAUUCAUUUCAUUUAGU